UUUUUUUCUUUCCAUUUCAAUUGCUAUUAUCACCGCCCUCUUUCUUUGGUUAUCCUACAAGAUCUCAUGAGGCUGAUAACAGUAUUCUAUUUUUCCAUCGGUCUAUUAUCAACCGUUGUUUACGGAUCAACAUUUGUCACUAUAUCCAACGAGACAUUUGAAGACAGAAGCGCUGCGUUUGGACCCAAAAUAUCACAAAACGGUCGCCUUGGUUAUUUAAUUGAGCCUGAACAAGAUCCAACCGGAUGCAGCGUAGUGGAUCCACCUAGUCUAAGACAACCUAACAACAGUGACGAUCCUCAACCACAAAAGGAUUGGAUUGCACUCGUUAGAAGAGGUGGAUGUUCUUUUAUUACCAAAGUGAGGUAUAUGCAGAAAAGUGGGGCCAUUGCUGUGAUUGUGGGCGAUCCAAAGAAUGCAGGAUGGGUGACCAUGUAUGCACCAGGAGAUACUUCUGAUAUUACGAUUCCCAGUGUUUUCAUAUCCAGGAAUGAGUAUAUCCGUUUAUUGAAUCUAUCGAAACUAUUGAAAACAACACCUGUCAUGGCUGUUUUGCAAUACGAAGAAGUGAUGACUUGGCCUUUUGUAGACAUUUUCAUCAUCAUCUUUAUAUCUCCUUGUAUCAUGAUGGCCAUCUUUUGCAUCUCCUGGAAAAUCAAGCAGAAAAUUCAGCAGAGAAGAGAAUUGGCACCUCUCUCCGUCGUGUCCAAGCUAGAUGUCAGGAUUAUUGACGAAAAAUUUUUAGCCAAAUACCACCAGCAUGAGAACGAGGAUACAAGACCGUCCUCAGCGCAGGAAUUGUCGACGAAUGAUAGUUGUUGUGCUAUUUGUUUAGAGGAAUACGCACUAGGAGAUGCGAUUCGUAUCUUGCCUUGUCAUCAUCAGUUUCAUACAUGUUGUGUAGAUGCUUGGUUGACAACACGAAAGAAACUAUGCCCUAUUUGUAAACGAGACAUUACGGCUUCCAACCAUCAUGAAGUGACGCCUUUAUUAAAUAUUGUUUGAGACGAAAUACACAUUUUGCCCAUCUGUAAAUACUCCCCCCCCCUCACUCCUUCCGUGUUUAUCACCAAACAAAAACAAAAACAAAAACAAAAACAAAAAGGACGUCGACCCCAAUCACCCUACCAAAUAUACCAUUUUUUUUCUCCACUUUUAGUCAUUAUUAUUCAUCCAUUAUCUUAUUAUUCUAUUCUGUUAUCUCAAAUUACAGUUUGACAUUGUAUUAAUUUCCCUUCCUUAAUCUACUCAACUUCUGCUACUGAUCUGAAACAAUAUUAUAAAAUAAAAUAAAAAGACACUCCUCGAAAAAACUCAGAAUGGAAAGCC